AUGUCUUCGAUUUCUCCGGUUUUUCCAUCUGAACCGGUUCUUGCCAAUCAUGUACCGGCUUUAGAAAGUGGAUUCACUCCAUGGGACGACGCAUCGGAUCUAUUCUCAAUCUUCGAUUCACCGGUUAGUCCCGCGGAAAUAAAUCCCGGUUUAGAGAAAAAAAACCCAUGUCAAAUUCAAAACCAAAGCUAUUUUAAUCCCCGUUUGAAAGACAUACCAUUGAACCGUACCGGUUCGAACGAUGCCUUUUCGGAGAAUGACGAGCGGCGAAAGAAACGAAAACUAUCAAACCGGGAAUCUGCUCGGCGAUCGAGGGAGAAGAAACAAAAACACCUGGAAGACAUGAGUAGCCAACUUAACCAGCUCAAGAUCGAGAACCAGGCACUAGUAAACCAGUUCCGGUACGUUUUGGACCAGUGUCAACGUGCAAAGAUGGAAAAUGCUCGUCUACGAUUGGAACACCAUAUUCUCCACGAGAAGCUGUUGAACUUACGACAAGCUUUGGUGCUUCGUCAAAUCCAACAAAGCUCAACGUGUGCCACGUGGUCGUGUAUAAAUAGUACCGUUGUAACAGUUCAACAGAAUCCAUCGAUGAUAACAAAUCACGUAAUAUGA